GGGGAGGACGCCUUCGCGCUGCGGCCCGGGGGGCCCCCAGGGGUGUUUUUUCUUUGCGUGGAGGGGCCCCUGGACAGAGAAAGCCGCGAGCUGUAUGAGCUGCGAUUAGUGGCCACGGAUGCGGGGUUCCCGCCCCUGAGCACCCAGGAGACGCUGCUGCUUCGGCUCUCCGACGUGAAUGACCAGCCACCUGUCUUCAGCCAGCAGCACUACCGGGCCUCUGUGUCCGAGGCCACGGCCCCGGGCACCACGGUGACGUGGGUCAGCGCCUCCGACUCCGACGAGGCUGGCACCGACCAUGCCCGGCUGCGCUACGAGCUCAUCCAGCUCUCAGCUCUGUGCAACCCCGAGGCUUUGCGGCCUGGCACAGAAUGUGAGCCUGCGUUCACCAUUGACCCCCAGAGCGGGGCGAUCAGCACCGUCCGGACUCUGGAUAGAGAGGUCCAGGAGACUCUGGAGCUCCGAGUGGUGGCCCAGGACCUCGGAGAGCCCCCCCUCUCUGCCACCUGCCUGGUCAGCGUCACCGUGGACGAUGUGAACGACAACGAGCCCGUCUUCCAUCGGCAGGUGUACGGUGUCGCCCUGGCAGAGCACACCCCUGUGGGACACUGCUUUCUCCAGGUAAAAGCCUCUGAUGCAGAUGCGGGGCCCUUUGGCUUUGUUGAGUAUUCGCUUUACGAUGGAUUCCAGAGCGAUGAGGCACCUCCAGCGUUCCAGAUCAACCCACGCGAUGGGCAGAUCUGUGUGUCCCAAGACCUUGACCGUGAGAGGGACCCAGCCAGCUUUGAUCUCCUGGUGACAGCUAAGGAUGGGGGCGGGCUCAGCGCCCAAGCUUUUGUCCGUGUGGACCUGGAGGAUGUGAAUGAUAAUCAUCCGGUGUUUAACCCGUCAACCUACGUGAGAAGCAUCAGCGGCCAGACCCAGCCGGGUGCCGAGAUCAUCAAGGUUCUGGCCACGGACAGAGACGCCGGGAUGUACGGGACCGUGGCUUAUGAGCUCAGCCCUGGACACCUGACACCCGCGUUCUCCAUCGACUCCGCCACAGGAAUCAUUUACUUGACAUCAACUCUCGCUCACUUGGAGCCCACUACGCUGUUUCUGACGGUGUGCGCUCGUGACGGCGGCGGACUCGCGGCUGUCACGAAUGCCGAGGUCACUGUCCACGUCCUGCGCACCGCGCUGGCGCCUGCUGAAUUUGAGAGGCCCACGUAUUCCUUCUCCGUAAGUGAAGAUGCGCCCGAAGACACGCCUGUGGGAGCAGUGAAAGCGAGAGCGUCCUCGAACUCCUCCCAACCCGUCUUGUACACCAUCUCCUCGGGCGACCCGGACGGGAGGUUCGCCGUCCACCCGCGGCUGGGCACCAUUCGCACCCGGAAGCUCCGCCGGCGGGGCCUGCUGCAAAGCGCGAGCGCCUCCGUGACUGUCCUGGUCCUGGACGAGAACGACAACGCGCCCACCUUCCCGCGAGGCCGGGUGUUUCUGAAGGUCCGGGAGAGCCCCGUCCCCCUGGGGGUCAUCGGCAGGGUCGCAGCCACUGACGCGGACUCCGGAAGGAAUGGACAGCUGUCCUACUUCCUGCUGUCUGACGGCGCCUUCUUCAAGAUGAACCCGAGCACAGGUGAGCUGGUCAGCUGGCUGGCCCUGGAUCGCGAGCACCAGAUGCACCAUCAGAUGACUGUCCUGGUGACCGACCACGGCUCGCCGCCACGGAACGCCACCAUGGCGGUUUAUGUCACAGUCACCGACACCAACGAUAACAGCCCAUUUUUCCCGCAGUGUCUCCCAGGGAAGGAAUUCUACAUCAAGGUUUUGGAAGACCAGCCAGUAAAUACAUUGGUUACAACUGUGUUUGCAAAGGACCUCGAUGAAGGAGACAAUGCGGAAAUUACCUAUUCCAUGGCCUCAGAAGAUUAUUCUGAUCAUUUUAAGAUUGAUGCCAACAGUGCUGAAAUAAGAACAAGCACGAUACUCUCCUAUGACUACAGACCCUCCUACAGGCUGACGGUCAUCGCCAGUGACCAGGGCCAGCCUCCACUGCAAGGCUGGGCAGUGCUUCAUGUCCAGGUGAUACCACUGUCCAAAGGUCAGGUUUUCAUUUCUCAGAAUAUCAGACAUUUAGUGAUUCCAGAGAACUUGAAGCCGGCAAAAAUCACGAGCUUGAUGAAGUCCCCUGAGCACCUCCAGCAGUAUCACAGUGGAAAAUUGCACUUUAGUCUUGCUACAGAGGACAAGAAUGGUCACUUUGAAAUUGACAGCUCAACAGGAGACUUGUUUCUUUCUAAGGAACUGGAUUAUGAAACAACCCCGCGUUAUGUUUUCAGGGUUAUAACCAAAGACCACAGCCAGAGUCCUGCCCUGAAUAGCACCGUCUUCCUCAGUGUUGAUGUGGAAGAUCGAAAUGACCACUCCCCUGCCUUCCAGGACCGGGUCAUUGCGAUAAGCAUAGAAGAGAACGUUCCCAUAGGGACCCUGGUGCACACGUUCCAUGCCAAAGACGGUGAUGGUAGCUUUUUGAACAGCAGGGUACAGUACUUCAUCGAAUCCCUCCACCCUGGUUCGAACCCGUUUCUCAUCCACCCCUCAUUUGGCACAUUGGUCACCGCGGCCCCCUUGGACAGAGAGAGCGUCCCGGCCGUCACGCUGAUGGUCACCGCAUCCGACCAGGCUGUGAAUGUGACAGACCGGCGCUCCAGGUCACUGAUAGCCAAAGUGGUGAUUCUGGAUGUAAAUGACCACAGCCCCGCUUUCGUGUCCUUGCCCAUCGCCUGUGUCCGAGAGGACGCCGCCGUGGGCUCUUCCGUGCAUCGUGUACAUGCUCGAGACCCCGAUGAAGGACAGAAUGGGAAAGUGACCUACAGCAUCCGCUCCGGAAAUGCAGACACAGCCUUUGUGCUCGAUGAGUCAUCAGGCUUACUAACCAUAGCCCGCCCUUUGGAUUAUGAAGUAAAAACUCAGCACGUUCUGACCCUCGUGGCCCUGGAUGACGGGGUCUCGGCACGUUCUUCUUCCCAGAUUGUGACAGUUACUGUCCUGGAUGUCAACGAUGAGGCACCAGUAUGUGAGCAGCACCUGUAUGAAGCUUCAGUUAAAGAAAACCAAAGUCCAGGGGAGUUUGUAGCAAGGGUUGAAGCUAUGGACAGAGAUUCAGGAAUCAGUUCCAAGCUUCAGUUUGAAAUCCUGUCAGGAGCUUCCUUUGGAUUUUUCAAGAUCAAUGCAGACACUGGAGAGGUCGUGACAGCCACCACACUUGACAGAGAAGUUCAGGAUGUCUUUACUCUUCAAGUCCUGGUACGAGAUGGGGGAGUCCCUUCAUUGUCCUGCACCACAACAAUUCUCUGCACCGUUGAAGAUGAAAACGAUCAUGCACCAGAGUUUCUCGGCACCAAUCAGUACAUUGAGGUUCUGGAAAACCAAGAACCCAAGGUUGUCUACACUGUUUUGGCCUCUGAUAGGGAUGCUGGCAACAAUGGAGCUGUCAGGUAUCACAUAAUCGAUGGAAACACGGACGAGUCCUUUGUUAUUGACGAAACGUCAGGAGAACUGGCAACCACUCGUGCCCUGGACCGAGAGCAAGUCAGCAGCUUCAGACUCACCGUGCGGUGCUCCGACCUGGGAGACCCCCCUCGGAGCACCGCCGUACAGCUGCCGGUUAGGGUUUUGGAUGACAAUGACCACAGCCCUGCAUUUUCCACGCUUCGUUACCAGCCCUUGGUGAGAGAGGACGCUGCCGUGGGAACCGUAGUCCUGGUGCUGUCUGCUGUGGACAAGGACGAAGGCCUGAACGGACAGACUGAGUAUUUCCUGGUGGACGAGUCUUCCGGGGCGUUCACCAUUAACCCUGCGACGGGCGUGCUGAGAACUAGCCGUGCCCUCGACCGGGAAGCCCGGGCCCUGUACACAUUUCAGGCCGUGGCCAGAGACUGCAGCACGGCCGGCUCCAGAAGCAGCACAGUAACUGUGACAGUGUUGGUCACAGACGUGAAUGACAACGACCCAGCUUGGGAGCAGAAUCCCAUCCACGUCUUUCUCUCUUCCCAGCUGCCUGCAAAUCACACCGUUGCUAUCCUGAGAGCCAGCGACCCGGAUGCAGGGCCCAGCGGAAUGGUGACUUUUAGUUUUACAGAUGCCCAGUCAGUGUUUUCUAUUGAUGAAGACACAGGAGAAAUUAAGCUUCUGCAAAAUCCAACUUCAGAAUAUUUUCCUGCCUGGUUGUGGUUAAGAGUCACAGACCAAGGGGUCCCAGCCAGGACAACCCCUGGUCUCUUGAUCGUUCACGCGGAAGGUGAAGAUGUAAAGAUUUCCUUCAGCCAGCAUCUGUACGAGGGACUUGUGACUGAAAACUGUGAGGCAGGUACUUCCAUUGUGACUGUAAAAGCAUUUGCUCCUGAUGCAGUCUGGGACAUUAUUAAAUAUUCAGUACUUAGUGGAAACAAAGAUGAAGUUUUUUCCUUGGACUCCAACUCAGGACAACUGACUGUGAAAGAACCCAAAUUCCUUGAUUUUGAAGUCAGGGAUGAAGUACAGCUCAUCAUUUUAGCUGAAAGCAGUGAGCACAGAGCCUACAGCAAAGUAGCAGUCUCGAUAGAGGAUGUGAAUGAUAACGUUCCAUGCUUUGAGCAAAGUGUUUACCAAGCAUCAGUGUCUGAAGGCCAGGGCUCCAGCGCCCACGUCAUCCAGGUAACUGCUUCUGACCUGGACAGUGGGUUGAAUGGUGUCAUCGAGUACUCCAUUGUCUCUGGAAACCAAGGAGAAGCCUUCCGGAUCAGUGCACUGAGUGGUGAGGUUACUACCAAUGUGCUUCUGGAUCGCGAGACCACCUGUUCCUACAGCCUGAUUGUGCAAGCCACAGAUAAAGGGAGACCCAGGCUUUCUGCUACGGCCACGGUCCGGAUACAGGUGACUGACAUAAAUGACAAUGCCCCAGUUUUUCUCCCCUCCGAAGCAGUAAAAAUUGCAGAAAAUUCUUUGCCUGGUGUGAUUGUGUCUCGGGUGUCAGCUCAUGAUGUGGACUCGAAUCCAGCUUUUAUCUUCAGUUUUGCAAAAGAUGGCAAUUCUGGAGCCAAGUUUGCUAUUGAUCAGCACACUGGAAUAGUGGUCUUGGCAAAGACAUUGGAUUUUGAAGAAGUGACCAAAUACGAGCUGCUGGUCCAGGUUUCUGAUUCUGUGCACCACACAGAGGGGCCCCUCGUCAUCCAAGUGUCAGAUGUCAAUGAUAAUCCACCAGUGUUUUCUGAAGAUUUCUACCAGGUCACAGUUCCUGAGUCAGUGCCCCUAGGGUCCUUGGUAUUAACCGUAUCAGCCACGGACUUAGAAAGCAAUGAGAACAUUUCUUACAGAAUCCUUUCCUCCUCUGAGGAAUUCUCCAUUGAUCCUGUGAAUGGCACGAUAUUUACUAGGAGCCCUAUAACCCUUCUGAAUAAAAUACCAACAAUUCGAUUUCUUGUGGAAGCCAGUGAUGGUGGGAUUCCUGAGCUGAGGGCUCUUACAUUAGUGGAGAUCCAAGUCCAAGAUGAGAACAACUGUGCCCCAGAGUUCACAGCAGGGUACUACAAUCUUACCUUGAGUGAAGAUGCUCUGGUGGGAAGCACGCUUGUCACAUUUUCGACCUUUGACUGUGAUUGGACGCCUGAAAACACAUACGUUGAGUAUUCCAUCAUCAGCGGUAAUUCUCAGAACAACUUCCAUGUGGAUACCACUUCCGUUUGUUCAGAGUUUCCCCACGAGCAAGUCGGUUAUCUUGUGCUACUUCACAGCAUGGACCGAGAAGCCAGCGCCAGCCAUCAGCUCGUCGUCCUGGCCUCCGACCACGGCUGCCCUCCCUUGAGCUCCACGGCGAUCGUAUCCAUACAGGUGCUGGACGUGGAUGACAACCCGCCCAGAUUCAGCAACCUGCAGUACCACGCCCACGCCAGGGAGAGUGCCCCUCCCGGCAGCCACAUCGCAGUGGUCUCAGCCAGCGACCCUGAUGUGGGCUCCCAUGCUGAGAUCUUCUACCGGGUCAUCUCUGGAGAUGAGAAGGAGCACUUCCACUUGGAGGAGAGAACCGGGGUCCUUCAUGUUGUUAAACCUCUGGAUUAUGAAGAAACGACAGAAUUCGCUUUAACCAUCCAAGCUUCGGACAGAGAUAAGAAGCAUUGUUCCUUCUCAGUUGUGUUCAUCAAGCUCCUAGAUGACAACGACCACGAGCCCCAGUUUAUGUCCUCAAGCUUGACUUGUGCAGCGCCUGAAAAUCUGCCCGUGUUUUCCAGCCUCUGUUCCGUCAGUGCCGUGGAUUUUGAUGCAGGUCCUUACGGAGAACUGACCUAUUCUCUUCUGUCGCCCUGCACUGUCGCUCAUGGGAGGGCUUCCCCUCGGGAUCCCUUCAGCAUCGACCCUUUAACAGGGGACCUUCAUGCUAGCCAAAGCCUCGACUACGAAAGCGCCGACAAGUACUGCCUCCUAGUGCAGGCCGAGGACAAGGGCGGCUCCACCGCCUCCCUGACUGUUUGGGUGGACGUUGAAGGGAUAGAUGAGUUUGAGCCCGUUUUCACUCAAGAUCAGUAUUUUUUCACCCUCCCACAAAAGAUUCAAGAAAGACAUCUGGUUGGUAGCGUGGAAGCCACUGACGCGGACUCAGGUGCCGAUGGGGUCAUUUUUUACUCUCUGGCAACUCCUUCUCCUUUCUUUUCAGUAAACAGAACCAGCGGAAAUAUUUACUGGCUUAAAGCCACUCCUCCCUUCAUGAAAAGUCAGGUCAGCGAAGACAACACCUUUGAAAUACAAAUCAUUGCUCAGAGCCCCCGAGCAGGCUCCAGGUCCACAUCUUGCACUGUGUUUGUGAACAUGUCUCUGUCCUCUGAUGGAAAACGUGUGCUGCCAUCCGCCACCAGCUUCUCCGUCAGCCUCACGGUCUCCUUUGUCGCGUUCCUGUUACUCGUCUACGUUCUGACUGUGCUGAUUGUGAAACACACACCAAAAGCCACACCGCACCAUUACGGAAAGAAGAAAGCAUCACCAUCCUUAGAUGCCAGUGUGAGGCUGACAGGGGAUGCUGGCAGUUGCCAGGCCCCCCAGGACCAGGGUGAGGGCCGGAAGGAGGUCACGCCUGAGUGGCUGAGCUUAAUAAGCAUCAUGGAGAAGGAUCUCGGCAGCCCUCACUGGCGCUCCAGCUCCAGCAGUCACUGCUCUGUGGAAGGGGAGACUGCAGAAGACAGGGAGAUCCAGAGGAUAACCAAGCACCCUUCCAGAAAGGACUCAGACUCGGCCCUGAGCAACCGGGGCUCCCGGGUGCGAGACUCCGGAAUCCCCAGGGACUCAGACCAGCUCUCCUGCCUAUCUGGGGAAACCGAGGUCAUGGCCAGUGCCCAAGUAGCAGAAGGUAGCCAUGCAGCUGAGGGAGGAGAUGGCGGGGAAGGCUGUAACCCAGGGUGUGUUCACAGUCACACGCAACCCCAGGCCCUGCAGAAGAAAGAGGCAAAGGAGGGAGUCCUGGCCGACCCGGAGAGAGAGUCUGUCUGUGUUUCAGGAGAUCAGGAAGCCAGCUGUGCCACCUUUUCAACUGAGUUCACCUCCGAUCACAAAGCAAGAGGCAGCUAUGCCUGGGACUGUCUCCUAAGCUGGGAACCCAAGUUCCAACCCCUGGCCUUGGUAUUUAAUGAUAUUGCGAAACUAAAGGAUGAGCAUUCGCCUAAGCCUGGCAUUCCGAAAGAGAGGAAGUCUUUGGUUUUUCCACCACCUUUGAUAACAGCUGUGGCCCAGCCUGGGAUUAAAGCAGUUCCCCCGAGAAUGCCGGCCACGGCCCCAGGGCAGCUACUUCAGAAAUAUUCCCGCUCCCCUCUCCUCUACCGCCAAGGUUCUCCGGCAGAAGCCAUGACCCCCAGCUUUUCCCCAUCCCUUUCCCUGCUGACUGUGCAGACUCUGGCCGGGUCAUCACUCUUAGGGACACGCAGAAGUGACCCAUGCUGUGCACCGAAAGUGGAAGAUGACCCUGAAAUAUAAAGCGAUGGUGACCCCAACUGCCCUGCCACGUCGGUCUCCAAAGGCCAAGCAGAACAUUCUCAAGCUCCUCCACACCAGGCUCACGCUUAUCUAAAAGUGAGCGUUUUUAAAACCUCCCCAUUUUUUAGCUUCUCAAGUUUCUUCCAGCCUUAAUGAGCAGCUAUUUUUGCUUUUAACCUUUAUGUUUUGCUCUCAGGACUCAUGUGUAUAUAGCAAUUCAGGUAUAUUCUGUCAUAUCUGGUUUUCUGUAUGAGUAGAUUUCCAAAGGACGCCAUGAACUUUACUGCCUGCCCCAAUGAUUAUUGGGAAAAAAAUGGAAAUAAGGCAUACUGCGCUCUGGUAAUAUUGCUGCUGAUUACACCACUGUAUCUCAAACAACAGCAGUAAAAAUGAUGGCAGCAUAGUGAAUGAGUUUAGGAGAGAAAGCAACAGAGGAAAUCUGGGCAGAUAAAUCUAUGUUUUAAGACAAAGCAACAAUCUAUAAGUCUGAUAUUUAGAGAUGCAUCUCUCCACUUCCUCCGUAUAACACUGUGUGGAAUUUAGGAAUAAUUUGAAUGGCGUCUUUUGGAAAUUCAAGAAGGAAAUAAGAAUGCAAUUUGUCAUUAUUCUGUGAAACAAGAGAAUUAUUCCCAAUUAAAUGAACCAGAAAUGCAUGUUCUUGCAGGACCAGGAUCAUGGAUAGUACGGAUGUAUAUGUGCUUAGUUACUAUGACACAGUACUUGCCCUUUUUCUACAAAUAGAAUGGCUUUUUUUUCAAUGCUCUGCCUUGUAACAGGGAACAGGUACAGACAUGAACCUUCAAAGAUUAAUUUAUAGAACUUUCUUCAUUCCG